AUAUUUUUGUGACAAUUUAUGUUUGUGACAUCGAUCUGGCAAAUUAUUUCUAAAAAAUGUAUUUUGGUUGAAUGGAGAAGGAUUACUGCUGCUUCUAGCUUUCAACCCUUUCAAAAUUCACGUGUAUUUCCAUGAAUUAUAUAAAUGUGUCCAAACAAAGGACCUACGCAGCCAUGGGCGAAGAUGUUAGCUCACAAUCUCAUCAAAAAUCACACCAUUCAUCAAACAGCAAAAAAUGUGCUUAUGUAGCUCAACGCUUGCGCAGUAACCUCGCCAACAUCCGAAGUAAAAACAGCGUUAGUAAAUAUCUAGAAGAAAAUGUAAGAAAUAAUCCACCAAGUGAGUCAUUUAGUAAAAUACGCAGACAGAUAAAAGCAUAUCGGACCGAUAUUCAAAAGAACGUAGACUACCUUCAAAAGAGGUUAGGUGUGUCCAUUGGAAACACCAGUAGUGCCAAUACAAAAUGGUCAAACUUUUCAACAGCCGCGAUGAAAUUACAAGAAGUAAACGAAUUAUUAACACAGGGUAUUGAUAGAAACAGAAACAGUUAUGAUAUUUUUGGUGUAGAUGAUUCAUGCACGACUUCUGUAGAAUUACACAGCACUAGAUCAUAUCCGAAUUGUUCAGUACAAGGAAUUGGGUACAGAAAAAGCAAAAGUGAAAUUGUUUUAACGUGCUAUCCUUGCAUGAACUACCCUACAUCAGGUAACAUCGGAAAUAAUGUAUCAGAGAGUUUUCAACAAUGUUGCACACCGGAAAUCAAUGCAGAAGUUUUAUCUAAUGAUAUUCGCAUGAUAAACUCAACUGAAUUUUUGAUUUGUGAGAAUAUUAUGUUGCAAAGAACUAUGCCAAUCACACGGUGUGAUCUUAAACGUAUGAUUGGUGAAGAUCGAAUGUGUAGAUACUGUAGAGCGACGAUGAAUGAUUUAGCUGAGUUACUUUGUACAAGAUCAUCACCUUGUAGUGAGUGUCAAGCAAAGAAUAAGUUCAGUUGUAGUAAGUUAAUGUUAUCGAAACAAGCGCAGACUCAACAGAAAGACGAGUGUUGUUGUGAUUCUUCUGGCGCAUCUGCAAUACCAUAUACACUGCGUGCUUUGGACAGUGAAGAAGAGUCCUGCCCGUUUAUUUGUGGUAAAUGUAUGCAACCCAGAAUGCACCCGCCAUGUCCCUGUACGAAUAUAAAAAGUGAAGUUAUUCAAACUGAGAAAGAUAAACCAAAGUGGAAUUUGGAUAAUUCCAAUGAUAAACCAAAGAAAAAGCCUCUGGCUAAGAAAAAAACAAGAAAAUUAAAAAGAAACUUGUUCAAAUUAUUACCAAAAAGAAGAAGAAAGUCAAAAAGGUUGCUAAACCUAAGAAAGUCAAGAAAAAAGAAAACAAACAAACAAAGAUACCAAAGAAAACAAAGAAAAAAAAAAGUACCCAAAAAGGAAUUUCAGAUGCCAAAAGUUAAACCCAGGGAUAGUAUACCUCUGUACGCUUUUAAACACCCUCUUUCACAUCGUAGUCUAGAUAUGUGUUCAUCAAAUUGCAAGAAUAAUUGUACAAAUUGCAGUCUUGAUUUGAAUCAAAAUUCAUCAUCCUUCUCGCCGAUAGCGAAUACAAAUCUACCUUGCAUUAAAUGUAACGCGGGGUUAUUAAAUAGGGCGCAUAUUAUGCAAUGUAAAUUGAAUAGCCUUGAAGCAUCGCUGGUCCAAGCCAAGAUGGCGGCCACAAGUUAUGAAGUAAGGCACAUGGUUAAAAAAUCCGAACCAAAUUCGUUUAACUUACACAAACAGCAACUAGACGAAGUGAAUGAAAACGAAGAAAAUUGACUGAAAAUAAAAACAUUGAUAAUAACAAUGCUUGUAUAAUAACUAUUUGAGUAAAUUGUAUGUUGUGCGUGCAA